GCUCUUCAGCACGUCUUUGCUGUGGUGGUCUCGGCUGAUUCGUUUAAGGAGCUAGUGAAGAGCAAAAGCCUUGAAGAUUUUGUGACGUCUCAGAAGUUAUCAUACUCACUGCCCAAUCCUACACUGGUAAUCAUCAUAUAUGGAAAACAAUCCCGCAACUUAUUUGAUUUAUCGAUUUCCUUAUUCGAACUAUAUCGAACUCAGCUGAAAUAUGUUGACAACGCUAAGGAGUUUGCAAUUUAUUUGGCUCAAAUCACUCGGGCAUUGGCGAAACUGGAAAAACCAUCGAGCAAGCAAGAUCGUCUAAUUGUAGAUGUUGAGAAGGGUAUAAAAGAUGGCUCUCCAGAGGAAUUGAUCGAGGAUUGGUGGGAUAAGAUGCUAGCAGUAAUCGCUCGAAUGCAUGAUGCACAUCGGCGUGCCAUUAUGGCAAAAUAUCCUAAUCCAAUAGUAGCAAGCAAAAGAUUUUCGCAGAUGGGAUAUACGAGUGCUGUGAAGGAGUUGUCAGAGCUUCGAUCCGAAUCGGGACGCCGCCUUGGGCCUGUGAUGGCACAUCGGCUUUUCAUGAUACUGACCGAUCUCACUGGAAGAGAAACUGUUGCGUAG